AUGCACCUUCACUUGGCACAGGAAAAUACUACCGGCCCUGACGAGGCUCGAGUCCGGGUAGGCAAGCCUGGCAAAGUGGAAACAUUAUUUGAUAUUGUACCUGUAGCCGCAAAACCAACUGUCAAAGAUUCAAGUGCUGGCUACGGAUUUCUUCUGAGGCCUACUGGCCUCAACAUUAAGGAUACCUGGCCUGCCAGCGUUACAUCUCCAUGGGUGAGAUGGGAUCCUAAGAAGAACAAAGUCUCGCGUUCGAACCGCUUUAAUGCACAGUGCGAAGUCAAGAUCCCUGGGCUGAUUAAAAACACAGAGAAGUCCUUUGAGAUACGAACACAGGAGGGAAAUGAUUGGAAGCAAGUACAGAUGGAAAUGAAAUUUCUCGACGAGGGAGACCUCGAGCUGUUAGAAGAAAACCCCCAGAGUUUCGAGGAUACGUCGGAAAUUUCAUUCGGGCCAAUUGCCAAGAACAAGAACAAGGUUAGCUACCUCUUAACCCCUUAG